UAAGGGGGAUGCACAGUGAGAAAACAUAGAUUUAGGUCAAAAAUAUCGAUAUUUUAAAAUUAAUUGAUUUUAAUAGUUUAAAAUGUCUAGAAUACGAAUUCCCUAUCAGAAUACUAAAAAAAAUACGUUUUAUACAUCAAUUUUGUAUUUUAAAUGUAGAUAUAUAAGCAAAAUUUUGAUGUUUUGGUGAAAAAUCAACAUUUUGUAAGCUAUAGUUGAUAAGCUAAUGUACGCUCUCAUCCCUAACAGAUGGUAUCGAUACAAAGGUCUACUUUUCUAGUUCCGAUUAUGUGCAUGGUUUCUCAUUCUAUAAAUAAAUAGUACUGCAAUGAACUUUCAAAAUACGUCACUACCUCUUUUUUUCCCCUAUAUCCUCAUAUACACACCCACAAAGCCAUAUUUACGCAUGCGCACCAUCAAAGCUUCUAUAGUUACUGUAAUUACACGCAUGCGCACUGAAAAAGCUUCCGUAACUACAAAGUAUGCACGCAUGCGCACAUGACGUGAACCGGUCCUUCUUCUGUAAACUUCCAUCACAUCAACAAUCGAUUCAUUAUUGAAACUCAGAAAUGCCAACAAAAGGUUAUAUGUUUGGAAAGAAAAAACGUUACUGUAAGCCCAGAGGACGACAUGCUUCAAAGACAAAUGCACAAUUACAAAGCUCUGUUUUGGAUACAGCUGGAUCUGAAGCAGCAACAACACAGCCUGCAAGUGCAGCUGAGCGAAAAAUAUCCCUAACUGCAGUUACUAACGCUGAUAACACCAAUAAGAGGCUGCCUGAAGAUUUCAUAUACGUCAUGAUGAAUUCAAUGCAAUUGACCACAAUGGUCUCCUUGUUGUGCUGUCCACAUUGCUUUGACAACAAAUUAACUAUGUGCAUCACACAAUCAAAAGGCAUGGCUCAUUUGAUUAAAAUCAAAUGCCUAAAUUGUGAAACAUAUUUGUGGUCCGACUGGACCUCAAAAAAAAGUAAUGAUGUUCAUCUGGAUAUUAAUGUCCGCGCUGUCGCUGCAUUAAAAGAAUCUGGAAUCUCGCAUUCUAAAUUUGAUAGGUUUUGUGGACUUAUGAGUAUGCCCUGCAUGCACAGAAAUACUUAUAACAAUCUAGCUAACAUAGUCAAUACCGCUAUAAUUGAAGCUGGUGAAGAAUGUAUGAUUAGGGCAUCUGCUGUUGUGCAUGGAAGAAACAUUUCACAACCUCUAACUACAGAUGAAAGAAUAAGUUCAACAGGCUGUCCUGUUAUUACAGUUUCUUUCGAUGGGACUUGGCAUAAAAGGGGCCACUCAUCUCAUUCAGGAAUUGGCACAGUUAUUGAUUUUGAUACUGGACUCGUCAUCGACACCGAAGUCCUAUCAAAUUAUUGCCAUGUUUGUGAUUCAAACUCUGCAGAACUAAACUUUGAUGCCUCUAAGCAUAUGUGUCAAAAAAACUUCAGUGGCUCAGCAAAUGCAAUGGAGGCCGCAGCAGCAUCCAAAAUCUUUUCGCGCUCUGUGGCAUCCAGAAAACUUGUUUAUGGCACGAUGCUGUGUGAUGGCGAUAGUAAAUCGCAUUCAUCUGCCAUUACCAACUCAGGAUAUGAUGUAGAAAUCUUAAAAGAGGACUGCAUUAACCACAUCUCAAAAAGAAUGUUUAAUGCUUUGAACAAUUUAAAAAUGUCUAACAAAAAAGAACUAAAUUAUAGGCUUACAAAGCCAAAAAUUGAAAAAAUUACAAAUUACUAUUCCAAAGCUCUGCGCCAAAAUGCUCCCGACAUUCAAAAAAUGAAGCUGGCUGUUAUGGGCUCAUUUUUUCAUAUGAUGAGCUCAGACCUAGAUCAUAACCACAGGUUGUGUCCUGAUGGCGCUACAUCUUGGUGUCACUUUAAGAGAUCAGAGGCACUAAAACAGCCAUAUAAAAAACACAACCAGACCAUCACAUCAGAAAUAGGUAAACUGUUAUUUCCUAUAAUGAAAAGACUAACAGACACAGAUCUGUUAAAAAGAUGUUCUAGAAUGGGAACACAAAACGCCAAUGAAUCUUUUCAUUCCCUCAUUUGGCAAAGAUGCCCCAAAACAGAAUUCGCAACAUUAAAAACGGUAAGGGCUGCGACAUACCUUGCUGUUUUAGCCUUCAAUAAUGGACCUGUUGGCAUCAGAUCAGUUUUUGACAUAUUAGGCAUUCCCUGGACACUAAAGAACAUUUCUUCUAGUGAGAAAAAGCAAAAUGUCAAACUACAGCUUGUUAGAAAAAGAAAAUCAAUCGCAUUAGUGUCCAGGAGAAAAAACUUGAAAAAACGAAGAAUUGAGCAUGAGCACCGGGCAGAGGUUCUAGAAGGUCCAACCUAUCAAUCAGGCCAUUUUAAUGAAUAGUUUUUUGUUUUUUUUAUUAUCUAUUAUGUUGUUUUAUGUAAAUAUUCCCUUUUUUUUCAUUUUUAUGGUUACAAUAAAUAUUUUAUAUCAUUUUAAAAACUUUAAA